AUUGCUUUGGGCCUCACAUGCCAAUGGGGCUAAAAUAAAACUACGAAGUAGCGACCGGCAUCUGAAGUAGCAGCAACCCGCAAUCGGCUUCCCAAGCACGGCAGCGACCGUGAGCCACCGCCCGAACGUCUCGCCGGAGCCGCUUCCUGACGCCGACUUGGGUGAGUGAAUCUCCGACUUCUCUAGUUCUCUCCUUCAGUCCUUCUCUUAGUAUCUUACUACGUAUUACUCUUCGUCUCGUUCUCUCAUUUGAUUGAUUUUGUGUUUAACAUUUAGAAUUUAGACAUUAGUCGAUUAAUAGUGAAAUACAUAAGUCCAAAGAUAAGCCAGAAGGCCUGAAGCCUACAGCAGACGGCAGACAAGCACAGAAGCACUCAAGCAGUAAAGGCAAUUGUUUUUUUACUAUUUACGUUAAAUUCCUAAAUUGCUAAAUGUUAAAUACAAGUGAAUAAUUAAUAUAAGUGGUAAAAUACAUGAAAUAAUUAAUUUGAUGGUAUUAGUACUAGUCAAGUAGUCUUUUGUUUAAUUUGUCAUUGUAUUUAGAAGUUUUAGAUUUUUUUAAUUGAUUUGUUUGUGAUUUUUGUAUUAUCUAUAAAUAUGUACUCUGUAGGUAUUAUUAUCUAUAAAGUGAUGUUAUUACUGAUUUGCACUUCAAAAGGCAAGAAGAAUAGGCCCAUAGGGUGUUACAAGUACAAAUUUGCAGUGUAUUUUACAUAUGUUUGCAUUUAAAAAACCUAUCCUUUUGAAUAUUAAAAGCAUUAUGCCGUGCACUUUGAAUAUGUUUUUGUAUAUGGUGUUUUUUAUUUAAUUUAUCUCAUUUUCAAUAUGAUCUGUGCAUAGUAAUUCUUUUUUUGUCUAGGGCCUCCAAAAUGCUCAAGAUGCCCCCGAACCUUCCACCUGGGUUUAGUCCUGAAAUGAGGAUGCAGUCCAGCUUUUGUCGAAAACUAUUCACUUCUUCUCCGCAUUUGACUCCCAUUCAACUCCCGUCUCCAAAUGAAACACAUUUAUGGUAUGUAAAACCCAAUGAAGUGAAGAGCGAGGCACUGUUAGAAAAAUACAUGGAAAUUUUGUCACCAACUGAGAAGGAAAAUGUGCUUCGUAUGGCUGGAGAUGAGCACAAGAAGACUGCACUGCUUUCUCGAACAUUGGUCCGUACAACCAUUGCCAGAUAUCGGUAUUGAUGUAGAAGAAAAGCAGAGGGCAGUAAAAAACAAUAUUUUAAGCUUAGCUCGGAGAUACUUUUCAGGACCCGAAUUUGAAUUUUUAAGUUCAAUAAAUGAUUCUGAAGCUCAACACCAGGAAUUUAUAAAGCUGUGGACCAUGAAGGAGGCAUAUGUCAAAGCACUGGGUGUAGGCUUCUCAGGAUCUCCGUUCAAGACAUUUACUCUUCGUUUUACGCGCUCUUCCGAAAGAAGCUCUCUUGUCAAUUUGAAUUCUGAUUACAAGGCUCUUGAAAUAGCAGUAGAUCAACAGGACCAUCCUAAAAAAAUAAUGAGUUACUGGCAGUUUGCGCUUAUUGAGUUAGAUGGUUCCCAUUAUGCUGCCAUUUGCACCAAAAAAGGUUGUGCAACUGAGGUUUAGACACAACUAUUAUCUACAGACUACAAAUUUAUGAGUAUGAGUUGUCUACAAUGUUGCAAGCUAAUUAUUCUCAAAUCUGUAGGUGAAGUUAGUAAAUCAAUUAAAGUAUGGAAGACAGUUCCAUUUCAGGAAGAUGUGUGCGUUUCCGGAACUGAUGCAGUCGUAGAAGUGAAUUAGAUUCUUUCUCUUAGUGUAUAACUUCAUGCGUCUUCGCCUCUUCCACAAAGCUUGCUAAGGGGAUGGCUACUUACCUUCUCUUUGAUUGUUUUGUUUUGGUAAACAUAGCAUUAGUGUAGGAAGUUUCUCAAAUCAAUGUCAUGUAAAAAGUAUUCACUUUUAGUUGGCAUGUGAAGCAACAUUUCAUUAAUUUCAAUAUAACAAUAAAACUUGAUGUUCGACGAUGUGCAUUAGUUACUACUCUCCGUAGUUCAUAAACUUUUCGCGUCAUCCCAAUUUAC